CUGGAAUGAAUUGGCGCCCAAAUUAAAUUAAGGGAAUGUUAUCUAACAGGGCUCAACUGGCUAAACAAUGAUAUUAACAGCCGCGCAGGGCUGCCAUAUCUUAUUAAACUACUUAACAUAAAUGCGAAUGUAAAGUGUGUAUGUACAAGUGUGUGUGUGUGUGUGUAUGAGUGAGUGAAUGAAUAUGUAAAUCUACAAGAAAUUGCGUUGCGCGAAAAAUCAAAAACUAAUAGCUACAAUCAAAAAGUUGUUUUUCAUGUGAUGGCUGCUCGACCGGUGGAGGGGGGACGAACACGAACAUCAGAGGCUGGCAAUCAAGGAGUGAUGCAGCAGAUCAGUGGCGACAUCCAGCGGGACAUCCAAGGAGUACAGGUAAGUAGUAGGAGUGGAUUCAUCAGCAUCAACUGGAAUUUUACAAGUGAGACUGGCAGUGGAACCAGCCAUGUAAUCAGCAACAGAACUGGCACUUGGGUGGCCAGCACCAGCUGCUGCAUUGACUGCAGUUGCAUCCACAACUGCAAUGGAUAUGGACAUCGACAUCUUCAUCAGCGGAGGCGGAGGCGGCGUCCAGAGUGAAGUUGCCAGCCCGGAGACUGGUAUGAGGCGCCAGCAGUGCAAUAUGCACCACCAACACCAGCAUCGGCAACAGGAUCAUCGGCGUCAUCAACAUCAGUGGAAAUGGCGCAGACAUCAAGUGGCUUCAGCAUCAUUAGCUCUGGUGCGAGCGAAUGCAAAAUGUCGUGUCAUGGGCAAAUGCAUGCAGCCUGUCAUCUAGCUGCAAGCCCAUACACAUUGAAUGGCCAAUUGUCGCCCACAAUAAGACGACAAGUAUCGAGUAAUCACGUCGA